UCGGGCAGCUGGCAGUGAGGAGGCCCCACGUUCCCGGUGUGCAGAGGAACGAUGUGAAGCCGGGACCCUCAGAGCUAUUUCUGCAAGAGAAGGCCCCUAAAGUGGAAGAGAGCGUUACUGCUCACUUAAUGGCCAACUCAAGUCUCACUGGGGAGUGUGUCCAUGGAGCUCCUCAUGCUGUCAUGCCAGAAGUGGAAUUCCCUGACCAAUUCUUAACAGUUCUAACCACGGACCAUGAAUUGGUGACAUUCAGGGAUGUGGUCAUCAACUUCUCUCAGGAGGAGUGGGAAUGUCUGGAUGCUGCUCAGAGGGACUUGUACUGGGAUGUGAUGAUGGAGAACUACAGCAACUUGGUCUCACUGGAUUUGGAGGCCAGGUAUGAGACAAUGAGUUUAUCUAUAGGAAAGGACAUUACUGAAAACAAUCGUUCUCAGUGGGAGGUAAUAGAAAGUAGAAAAUUUGUUGGCCUUGAAAACUCCAUUUUCAGAAGUGAUUGGCAAAGCAAAAGCAAUAUUGAAGUAGAACGACCUGAAGUAGGAUAUUUCAGUCAAAUGAAGAUCAUCUCUGAAAAAGUACCCAAUUAUAAAAAUCAUAAAUCUCUUACAUUAUCUCAGAGAAUUCAUGACAGUAAGAAGCCCUAUGCAUAUAAUGAAUACGGGAAGGGCUUCAUCUGUGACUCAAACUUCGAAGAAUAUCAGAGAAUACAUAUUUGUGAGAGAACCUAUGAAUGUAAGGAAUGUUGGAAAACCUUUGGGAUAGAUAACUCACAUAAACUACAACUGAAUAUUCAUACUGGUGUGAAGCCUAGUAAAUAUAUGGAAUAUGGGAAUACAUUUAGUUUUUAUGAAGACCUUAGUGUUCCCCAGAAAAUUCAUAAUGGUGAAACAUUCUAUAAAUGUAAGGAAUACAAAAGGACCUAUGGAAGAGCUGGAGAAAUUACUCCAUUUCAAAGAAUUCAUGAUGGUGAGAAACCUUAUGAAUGCACAUUUUGUGGGAAAUCCUUUAGAGUGCAUGUGCAACUGACUCGACAUCAGAAAAUCCAUACUGAUGAGAAAUCUUACAAAUGUAUGGAAUGUGGGAAGGACUUUAGAUUUCAUUCACAGCUUACUGAACACCAGAGAAUUCACACUGGUGAAAAACCCUACAAAUGUAUACACUGUGAGAAGGUUUUUAGAAUUAGUUCACAGCUCAUUGAACAUCAGAGAAUUCAUACUGGUGAGAAACCUUAUGCGUGUAAGGAAUGUGGCAAGGCUUUUGGAGUCUGCAGAGAACUUGCUCGACACCAGAGAAUUCAUACUGGUAAGAAACCCUAUGAAUGCAAGGUAUGUGGAAAGGUCUUUAGAAAUAGUUCAUCUCUGACUAGACAUCAGAGAAUUCAUACUGGUGAAAAACCCUACAAAUGUAAGGAAUGCGAGAAAGCUUUUGGAGUAGGUAGUGAACUUACUCGACACCAGAGAAUUCACAGUGGUCAAAAACCUUAUGAAUGCAAGGAGUGUGGUAAGUUCUUUAGACUCACUUCAGCCCUUAUUCAACAUCAAAGAAUUCAUAGCGGUGAGAAACCCUAUGAAUGUAAGGUAUGUGGUAAGGCCUUUAGACACAGUUCAGCUCUUACUGAACAUCAGAGAAUUCAUACUGGAGAGAAACCAUAUGAAUGCAAGGCAUGUGGGAAGGCUUUUAGGCAUAGUUCAUCCUUUACAAAACAUCAGAGAAUUCAUACCAGUGAGAAACCUUAUGAAUGUAAGGAGUGUGGGAAUGCCUUUAGUGUGGUUAGGCAUCUUACUUGACAUAAGAAAAUUUAUACAGGUGAGAAGUCAGUUGACUGAA